UUCUGUGAAAAAAGAAAUGAAAUGUUUACAAGAAAAUGACAUCAUUGGAAAAAAGGAAAAGGAAACAAAUAUUGAAACUGAUUUUGUUUUUCUUUCUGUUACUUUUUAAAUGGUGAAAGUGACAAAAUGGAGAGAUAUUGAUAUCAAUUUAGAGGAAGAUGAUCCUCUCACCGAUCAUAGUGUGUCAUAAAUAUCGAUUGAAAUUCAGUGUUCCAAACAUGGUUCCCAUGUUACCAUUUUAUCACCAUCUCUCUCUCUCUCUUUCUCUCUCUUUUUUUAUUUGAUUCCAUUUCAUAGAGACUAAGAAAAUCAAUCCAAUUGAUUAUUGAGGUUUUCUUUUUCUCUCUUAUUCUUUCAUCUAGUUAAUAAUUUUCAUCAUCAUGAAUUCUCAUUCAUUUUUUCCUCAAAGAAGCAAAAAAAGAAUCUCAAUGAAAAAAGAAGAGUUUUUUUUCUUAAAAAAUUGAAAUGAAACUGAAUUCGUUUCAAAUUCAGUAGUAAAUUCAAAAGCUUAAAAACAUUUUCCUCUUUUCUCUCAUCAACCAACAUUUUGAUUCUCUUUUCUCUAAAUGAACUUUUUUUCUUUAACUUCUCCACAAUUCCAUUGAUCUUUAUCAUCCUCAUCUCUACUUGAAAUUUAUCUCUCUACAUGUUUGCUACUUGUUCUGAUUUUCUACACCACCGAGAAUAAGAUUUAUGAAGAAGCUAAAAGAUGGAAGCUGAAAACGUGAUCCAAAUGUCUCGUGGCCAUUUUGUGAAUAUUUGCAAGUAAAAUCGUGCAAAAAGAAACAUCGAUACGAGAGAAUUGAGUGUUUUCUCAUCAUAAGAAAGAAAAGAAAGUGAGAAAAAAAGAAAGAAAAGAAAGAAAAGAAAGAAGAAACUAAGAAAAAGCAAAGAAACUUACCUGAUGAUAUUAUCCUUCUCUGGCUUCAUCUUAUUACCUCAACUUUCUCUCUCCUCAUCUUCACCCCACAUCUCUUACUCUCUCAAGGUAGAGAGAGAGAGAGAGAGAGUGAGAUUAACAUUGAUUAUGUUAGAAAAUGAAAACUGGACUCAAGAGCGAGCAACCUUAAAAUACUUGACCGAACCUCCUCCCAUCCAAAGCCUACAAUUUACUUUUAAGAUCCGGGUUUAAACCUCCAUUACCAUUGGAAGCUGAUGAUGAUGAAGAUGAAGAUAAUUAUGAUGAUGAUGGAGAUGCUGAAGAGAAGGGAAAAUGUUAUUAAUUUUCUUCAUCUUCUUUCAUUUUCUCUUAACAAUGUUUAUUGAAGGGAAUUCCUAUUCUCUCUCACCUUCUUCGUCUAAUCAUCAUCAUCAUUGUUGAUUGUUUAAGCUUCUUUUUUUUCCCUCAUCGCUGGUAAAGAAAUGUAUUUAAUGAUAAUUGCUGAUGAUGGACAUCAAAAGUCUAAAAUCGAGGUUAGGAUUCGUAUCGUUGGGACUGAUUCCUGGAACGGAAAACAAGCCAAACCUUAUCAAGGAUCUCAGGUUACAAUUAAGAAACAAUCAGAUGAUAAUAUUCAAGUUUCGCCUCACCCAUUGGAUAAACUAGAAAAUAGAACCGGCAUUUCAUCAACAAUCAACUCAACGAUUGAGAGUAAAUUGUUAACCACUCCUAGAUCAUCAUUAUCAUCUUCAUCUUCAUCUUCCUCCUCUAAUGGUAUUGAAGAUUCACCUGAAAAUAACAGGAUUAACAAUCGUAACAAUAAUAACAAUCGUUAUGAUGAUGAUAAUGGAGAGAGUAAAGAUAAUGGGAAUAGUAUUGAAAUGGUCAACAACAUUGACCAACCAACUGUUGACCAUUCACAGAUUCACCAUUUACUCCGUGGGUCAUCUGGUUAUCCUGGUCUACCUGUGAAUGGACCUUCAUCAUCAAACCUUCUGAGAUCAUAUCAAGGUCACGAUGAGUCACUUUUUAAUCCAAAAUUAACUAAUCCAAAUUUAAUCUGGCCCAUUGUUGGCUUAAUGUCUGUUGGUCUUGCCCUUGGUUUAAGUUGUGUUUUAUUAUAUCAACGAUAUCGUCCAUCGUUUUUUGAUCAAACACAAUCGAGUAACUUGAAAAGUUCAUUUCCCGUUGAUAAUAAUGUUAAUCAUCAAUCUCGUUUAUAUAAUCAUCCAUCUCAUCCAAGAACUGGUGAACCUAAAGUCUGUGUAAACAAAUCUGAAUCUUCCGGAACCGGAAUAAGUUCAAUAUCAUUUUCAACCAGAUCUUCAGCUGAAUAUGAACAUUCAGCUUUUAUCGGUUGGUCAGAAGAUUAUGAGAAACCAUUAUCAUCAUCAACUGGACAACAACAACAACAACAAGAUAAUCAUAUUCCCUGCAAUAGUAAUAAUAAUAUCGAUGGACAAUUGACCACAAGAGAAGAAAAUUAUCAAAGGGAGUGUAUGGAAGGAGGAAAAGGAAGAUCAAUUGAUGGAGAGAUAAAUUUAUCGAAUAAUAAAAUUUUCGAUGAAUGGGAAUACCCUAGAUCCAAGUUACGAGUAAUCGACAUUCUUGGUGAAGGUUUUUUCGGCAGAGUUUGGAAAUGUGAAGCCUUUGACAUUAAAUCGCGCGAAGGAGCCUCAAUUGUGGCCGUUAAAGCGCUUAAAGAAGGUGUUUCGGUAAAAGAGAGACUUGACCUGGACAAUGAGUUGACCAUCAUGAAAAAACUGUCCACCCAUCCAAAUGUUGUCUCUCUAUUGGGAUGUUGUACAGAAAAAGAACCCAAAUUUUUAAUUCUAGAAUAUGUUCCCUUUGAUAGUCUACAAACUUAUCUUCGUAAUCAUCGGGGUAAUUGUUUCUCAUCACAAUCAGCUGAUUAUUAUGAUAGUGAUAAUGUUUCACCCAAACAAUUGAUUCUAUUUGCUUAUCAAAUAGCCAAAGGAAUGGAACACAUUGUCUCUCAAGGAAUUAUUCAUCGAGAUUUGGCCGCUCGAAACAUUCUCAUUGGAACUAAUAAAACGUGUAAAAUAACGGACUUUGGAUUUUCCCGCGAAAUAUCAGAUGAAUCAAUUUACGAAAGUAAAUCAGAGGGUCGAUUACCGAUUCGUUGGAUGGCCCCUGAGGCAUUAAAGGAAUACAUUUUCUCGGUGAAAAGCGAUGUCUGGUCAUUUGGUGUUCUUCUUUGGGAAAUAGUGACCCUUGGGUCGACACCUUAUCCCGGAAUGAACACCAAGGAGGUAAUGAGAAAAGUGAUCAACGGUUAUCGAUUAGACAAACCUGAUCAUUGUCGCAGAGAAAUGUACAAUAUAAUGUACUAUUGUUGGGAGACAAGUUCCACCUCGAGGCCAACAUUCACCGAGCUUAUUGAUAAACUGGAUAAACUAAUCGCCUCCGAAACGGAUUACAUUCAACUCGAUAGAUUCCCCGAUCAUCUUUACUACAAUAUCAUUGACACUCCAUUAUCGGGUGAAAAGUUGUAAAAAAAAGUAAUAUAUUAAUACAUCAACAGAGAGCAAUGAACAACAACAAAAAAAAGAGACACCCUGUUCAUACAUGUAUACAUAAAACACCAAGGAAGACAAUUGAACCUCUCCUUCAAUGAUAAUAACUCUGUAUAUAAAUAAUAUGAUAUAAAUGUUAUCAGAAUCACUCAUGUCACAAUAAUAAUAAUUUUCUCAUAUUAUUAUUAACAAUCAUUAGCUCAUUGUGAUUCUAUUAAUAAUGUAAUACAAACUUGAUAUAAUCAAUGAAUUACAAUGAUCAAUGUUGAUUGUAAAACAUUGAUAUUUGUACUCAUCUCCUUUUUUUUCAUACAUAGUAUUUAUAUUAUCAAUAAAAUCAUUGAUUCAUU